AUGUCUUCAGGAACGAGCGGGACUGGUCAAAAGAUAGGCAUGAGUAAUUUGAAAGCCGAAUUGCUCAAUGAGCAAAAGCAAGAGAUCAGAGAGGCGUUCUCGCUCUUCGAUAUGAACAACGACGGGUUACUAGAUUACCAUGAAUUGAAAGUCGCUCUUCGGGCACUUGGCUUUGAUUUACCCAAAAGAGAGGUCUUGGAUAUCAUUCGUGAAUACGAUACUGAAGACAGAAAUUUAAUCUCGUACGAGAACUUCUUUCAUGCUGCAGUUGGUGAACGAAUUGUCAACAGAGACCCCAUGGAGGAGAUAAAAAGAGCAUUCAGGCUCUUCGAUGAAGAUAAUACGGGGAAAAUCAGCUUUAGAAAUUUGAAGAAGGUGGCCCGUGAACUAGGUGAGAAUCUUACAGAUGAGGAGCUUAGAGCGAUGAUCGACGAAUUUGACCUUGAUGAAGAUGGAGAGACCGAUAUGAGUAGAUUCGUCAAAAGGUUGGAUAAAUUGCCGCCUGUGGCAAGAGACAAGCUCUGGCGGGAUAAAACCAAGCAUACUAUGUUGCCCACGAUGGACCCACCAAGAUAUGUUUCCAAGAAGGACAAGAACUUGACUAUGGAACAAAUCGGUAUCACCAAGGGAGAUUACAUCUACAUAAACGAGGGCGAAUUUAAGGGAAAAAUUACCAAAGUUUUGGAAUAUCACAGCCGAACUAAUGAGUUUGCCGCCAACGACAUCUCCAAGCCACUCAUUGUUGCCCCUCAGUACUGGGCUGAGAACCAGAAGAGCCAUCUCAUUGACUUCCCGAGAUCCAUACCUCGUGAGCAUGUCAAAUUAGCUGCCAGAGAGAAGGACGAGAAUGGCAACAUCACCCACGUUGUUGCAAAUGAGGUCGUUUACAAGGGUCAAUACUACGACGACAGAUACAAGAGAUGGUUACCUAGAAGGUUCGUGAAGCACCAUGAAAACCUUGAAAUCCCAUGGCCCACUCCAGACAAGAACCACACGGCUUCUGAAGUUACAACGAAAGAAGAGGUGGCUCACUUGAAGACAUACGAAACCCAGACCAUCGCUAAAUCGCUCCUUCCACCUGGUGUCUUGAAUGAGAUCAGAAACCCAUACUCCAAACAUAAGAAGCAGGAGCUCACAGAUAUUGAGGCGAGAAGACUCAAUGAACCAGCUAUGCCUUUGACCACAGAGCAAAAGAUUUACUUGGCUAAGAAGGCCAAGGAGCCAAAGAAGAAGCUCGAGCCUUUGUCCGAAGAGGUGAAGGACUACAUUGGUCAAAGAAUGGCCCAGCAUAUUUCCAAGAUCGAGAGCCCACAUCUUUUGGCUCAUUUGGAUGCUUUGUCGAAGGUGGAGAUUCCCGACUUCAAGAGAACGUUGGAGAAGAUCGAGGAGGACCAGCAGUCGAACACCCAGUAA